CUUUUUAGACCGUUAAAUACUAUUGGUAAUCAUAAUAUUCUAUCAUUUUUACUGUAUGUUAUUCAACGCAGUCAAUAUUAUUACCUAUUUGAUACUAGUGAUAUACAAACAUGGUCAACUAUAGGUAUAUGUUAGUAUUUUUGUUUUAUUUUUAUUUUAUUACUGGUACAGUGUCUGGUAGGAAUACAAAUUUUGAUGACACAACAUAUUUAGAAUGUUUAAACAAUAUGGUUUCAAGCGGAUUGAUGACUCGAUCAGUAAAUCAAAAAUAUGAAAAUGUUAAUGAUUACAAAGAUCUUGUUGAAAGCAGAGAUGAAAGUAAACUUCAUGGAUUUGCCAAAGACUAUAUACACGCAUACAACAAUCAAGGAAUAUUAAUAAGCAGUUAUACAACUCCAAAUUACUAUUGUUGGGAAAAAGGUAUGGAAGGAACAGAGAUUAACGACAUCCAUAAUUCUUCCUGGUUUACUUGUUUUGUGUAGUAGUAUAAGUGUUUUUAUUUUAUUUUUUUAUUGUUUAUUUAUUCCCAUUAUAAUAAUUGUUUAAAUAUUUACGAAAUAUACUAAAUAUUCUUAUUAUAUAAA